GUCGCGACUCUGCCUUUCUCUGGACCUGGACCUGUCUACACGUGAAAGUUUAUUUAAUUUUUCGUUAUUAUGGCUGAACCAAAGAAAAAAAUUUUCCUAACAAAGAGCGAAAAAGCUCUAGUUUUGCAAGAAAUUAAAAACGGCGAAUCAAGAGAUGCGAUUCUAAAUAAAUACAAAAUUAGUAAACGAACUUUACGCAAAAUUAUGCAGUGCGCCUGUGAAACUGGUCAACUUAGUAAGAAAUCCAACGUUUUUGAGUUCAAAAAUAAAAAAUCAGUGCAAUCUGUUGAAAAUACUGAAAUAGAGAAUGCUGAAUUAGAGGCCGCUUUAUUCGAAUGGUUUGUACAAAUCCGAGACUCGGGUCAACCGCCGAUUUCGAGAAAGAUGCUUGAUGAUAAAGUUAGAAUUUUCAAUGAACUGCUAAAGGGACCCGCUAACUUUGAAGCAAGCAAUGGUUGGGUCGAAGGUUUCAAGAAACGGUACGGUAUUGGAAUGAAAAAAUACAAAUUUUUCGUCGAUCCUUCAGGUGCUGCAGAAUUUUCGCAAAUUUUGAAGGCAGAAAUCGAAUCGGGAUAUUUGAAGCUAGACAAUAUUUACAAUGCCGACGAAUCAGGAAUUUUAUGGCGAAUAUUGAUGGCCUGCACUCUUGCUCUAAAUUUAAAAGAAGAAGAAGAAGCUUCGGCGAGAAAUGGAUGCAAAGAUCGUCUCACAGCUUUAUUCUGUGCCGAUGCCUCUGGAAAUCAUCGAAUUCCACUUUUGUUAAUUGGAAAAUCGGAAAUUCCAACAUGUCUCAUAAAUCAUGUACCGGAAAAUUUAAAAGAUCAACGCUUAAAAAAGUUGGAAAGUCUCGGGGUCAUCUAUACACAUCAGGACAGUGCAUGGAUGGACAAGUCUAUAUUCUUGCUAUGGUAAUUUAUAUUAUAUAAGCUACAGGCAAUGAAUGUAAUUCAGGUAUUAUAUAUAAUGCCUAGAGAUUACAUAUAAUGCCUAGGGAUUAUAUAUAAUGCCUAGAAAUGAUAUAUAAUGCCUAGAAAUG